ACCUAACCUAACUUGAUUUUAACUUUUUAACUCGUUAAUGCCCAGCCUAGAAUUAUAACUUGCUGAAUUACCCGGCUUCGCCCUAAUGUAAAAUAUUUGUGUAUCUACACUGAUUCCCCAUUCCCGUCUAUAAUAUCUUGCCGAAAAUAUCGAAGUCUUAUGAGAUUAAUAUAAUAUAAUAGCCAAUAGGUAGGUACCGUGAAAAUUGCAAGCCUCAAGCCCUCAAGCUAUCAUUAGUUAUAGGCUCUACGUUGAUUAGUUUUCAGUGGGUCGCAGACACGUUCAAUUAUAUUAUAUUAUAGCCAUCCCACCCGACGUUACCCGUGGGCCGUGAGACACGCUUGCGAUUAUGCGAUUAUGCGAUCAGUAUAGAUAAUAAAUAUAUUAUAAUAUAUAAUAUAAGUUUCUAAUAUAAUAAUCCAGCAGUUACCUAGCAAAACUGUUUAUUUAUAUAGCUCAAAACUAUGGCGUAGAACCUCAUUAUUUGUCCAUCGUAGUAUUGUAUUGUGUAUAAUAGUUCUAUAGAGAGCUGUCGAAAGUGUUCAGUUGGAUAAAAUAUAACUUUAAAAAAAAAUAAAAUAAAACAACAUGAAUAGAGGAAAUUAUUCUGACGUCGAGGAUGAAGAUAAUUUUGGCGAAUACAUGCCAGAAGACGAAUACGGCGGCGAAAGCGAUUUUGCGCACAAUGCAUUGUCUGUAAUAGGGGCGUACAAAGGCCAACGUAAUAGCGAAGAUGAGCGUCAUGGAUUCGGAAAAGCCAUCUUACCGAACGGCGACGCCUAUGUGGGGACGUAUAAAAAUGGAAAGAGGCACGGCCGCGGGCAGUACAGAUUUGUGAACGGUGCCAUUUACCAGGGUUGUUACAGGGAAGGUCUGAGGAACGGCAAAGGAGUGAUGGUCUAUAAUGACAAGAGCAAAUAUGAAGGUUAUUGGAUAGACAAUAAAAAAGACGGCGAAGGGAUUUUCAAGUUUAAGAACAAUGACAAGUUUUCCGGAUCGUGGAAGUCUGAUAUGAAACACGGUUCGGGAACCUAUACGUUUUGUAAGACCGGAGCCGUUUUGAAGGGAAUAUGGCUAAAUGACAAAAGAGUCAAAAACUUUCAAGUUUUCUAUCCGAUUGGUGACGGUACUGGUUUCACUUAUCACGGUACGUGGGAUGAAAACGAAUCGGUUGCCGGGAAAGGAUAUUUUGUGUUCGGCCAUCUAAAGUGCAUGCAAAGUGGCGUAUACGUCGAAAACCCGUUUUAUGAUAACGCGGAAUCUAUCGCACUACAAAGCAAGAUGUGCAAGUCUAUUUGGUUGUCACAAGAAAUACUGCCGAUCAUAAGUGGCAUGUUGCCGCGUUUGCCAAAAACGCGGUCAGUGGCCAGAGCGAGAUCUUCGUGCGACACGAGUUUUCUGGCUGACAAAAUGCCUGCGGUUGACGUAGCGGCGUCGACGAUGAGUGGCAUGGAGCUGUACGAGCACAGAGACGACCUUUGGGCUGAAAUGGAAGAAAUAGAAACCGAGUCGAGACUCAAUAUGCAGGGAGUCGAUGCAAAGUCAUCGGAUUCUAACGAUCAAAACGAAUGAGAUCAACAAUGACCUACAAUGAAUUAAUUACCUAUUAUGUACCUACAUAAAUACGUUCAAAAUGUAUCUGUUUUGUCGGUAUUCGAGUUAUAUAUAUAUAUAACUACUAUAUACUUUACCAUCGAUA